AUGGGACCCCAGAGACACGCCUUGGGGUGCCAGUCACUCGCUCUCGGAAGCCAGACACUCGCUCUGGGGAGCCAGACUCCCGCUCUGGGGUGCCAUACUCUCACUCAUGGGGUGCCAGACACUGGCUCUGGGGCGCGAGACACUCGCUCCGUAGCGCCAGGCUCUCGCUAUGGGACCCCAGAGACUCGCCUUGGGGUGCCAGUCACUCGCUCUCGUAAGCCAGACACUCGCUCUGGGGAGCCAGACUCCCGCUCUGGGGUGCCAUACUCUCACUAUGGGGUGCCAGACACUGGCUCUGGGGCGCGAGACACUCGCUCCGUAGCGCCAGGCUCUCGCUAUGGGACCCCAGAGACUCGCCUUGGGGUGCCAGUCACUCGCUCUCUGAAGCCAGACACUCGCUCUGGGGAGCCAGACUCCCGCUCUGGGGUGCCAUACUCUCACUCAUGGGGUGCCAGACACUGGCUCUGGGGCGCGAGACACUCGCUCCGUAACGCCAGGCUCUCGCUAUGGGACCCCAGAGACACGCCUUGGGACACUGGCUCUGGGGCGCGAGACACUCGCUCCGUAGCGCCAGGCUCUCGCUAUGGGACCCCAGAGACUCGCCUUGGGGUGCCAGUCACUCGCUCUCGGAAGCCAGACACUCGCUCUGGGGAGCCAGACUCCCGCUCUGGGGUGCCAUACUCUCACUAUGGGGUGCCAGACACUGGCUCUGGGGCGCGAGACACUCGCUCCGUAGCGCCAGGCUCUCGCUAUGGGACCCCAGAGACUCGCCUUGGGGUGCCAGUCACUCGCUCUCGGAAGCCAGACACUCGCUCUGGGGAGCCAGACUCCCGCUCUGGGUCACUCGCUCUCGGAAGCCAGACACUCGCUCUGGGGAGCCAGACUCCCGCUCUGGGGUGCCAUACUCUCACUCAUGGGGUGCCAGACACUGGCUCUGGGGCGCGAGACACUCGCUCCGUAGCGCCAGGCUCUCGCUAUGGGACCCCAGAGACUCGCCUUGGGGUGCCAGUCACUCGCUCUCGGAAGCCAGACACUCGCUCUGGGGAGCCAGACUCCCGCUCUGGGGUGCCAUACUCUCACUAUGGGGUGCCAGACACUGGCUCUGGGGCGCGAGACACUCGCUCCGUAACGCCAGGCUCUCGCUAUGGGACCCCAGAGACACGCCUUGGGGUGCCAGUCACUCGCUCUCGGAAGCCAGACACUCGCUCUGGGGAGCCAGACUCCCGCUCUGGGGUGCCAUACUCUCACUAUGGGGUGCCAGACACUGGCUCUGGGGCGCGAGACACUCGCUCCGUAGCGCCAGGCUCUCGCUAUGGGACCCCAGAGACUCGCCUUGGGGUGCCAGUCACUCGCUCUCGGAAGCCAGACACUCGCUCUGGGGAGCCAGACUCCCGCUCUGGGGUGCCAUACUCUCACUAUGGGGUGCCAGACACUGGCUCUGGGGCGCGAGACACUCGCUCCGUAACGCCAGGCUCUCGCUAUGGGACCCUAGAGACACGCGUUGGGGUGCCAGUCACUCGCUCUCGGAAGCCAGACACUCGCUCUGGGGAGCCAGACUCCCACUCUGGGUCACUCGCUCUCGGAAGCCAGACACUCGCUCUGGGGAGCCAGACUCCCGCUCUGGGGUGCCAUACUCUCACUCAUGGGGUGCCAGACACUGGCUCUGGGGCGCGAGACACUCGCUCCGUAGCGCCAGGCUCUCGCAAUGGGACCCCAGAUACUCGCCUUGGGGUGCCAGUCACUCGCUCUCGGAAGCCAGACACUCGCUCUGGGGAGCCAGACUCCCGCUCUGGGGUGCCAUACUCUCACUAUGGGGUGCCAGACACUGGCUCUGGGGCGCGAGACACUCGCUCCGUAGCGCCAGGCUCUCGCUAUGGGACCCCAGAGACUCGCCUUGGGGUGCCAGUCACUCGCUCUCGGAAGCCAGACACUCGCUCUGGGGAGCCAGACUCCCGCUCUGGGGUGCCAUACUCUCACUAUGGGGUGCCAGACACUGGCUCUGGGGCGCGAGACACUCGCUCCGUAGCGCCAGGCUCUCGCUAUGGGACCCCAGAGACUCGCCUUGGGGUGCCAGUCACUCGCUCUCUGAAGCCAGACACUCGCUCUGGGGAGCCAGACUCCCGCUCUGGGGUGCCAUACUCUCACUCAUGGGGUGCCAGACACUGGCUCUGGGGCGCGAGACACUCGCUCCGUAACGCCAGGCUCUCGCUAUGGGACCCCAGAUACACGCCUUGGGGUGCCAGUCACUCGCUCUCGGAAGCCAGACACUCGCUCUGGGGAGCCAGACUCCCGCUCUGGGGUGCCAUACUCUCACUCAUGGGGUGCCAGACACUGGCUCUGGGGCGCGAGACACUCGCUCCGUAG